CUAAUCUCACCGUACCCGUCGCAUAUCACACAGGGUGUCUGAAUAGUGACUAUCAACAAGCCAGACCAUUUCAAUGGCGAUUAUCAUUCCCGCAUGCACCGUUAUCAUUAUCUUAGCCAGCAUCUGGAUAGCGAAACGACGAUACCAGGCCGCAAGGGAGUUGCAUUUACCGCCUGGACCGCCUGGACGUUGGCUAUUAGUAAAUACGGUGCCUAAGUCACAUGCGCCGUUUCAAUUCGCGAGGUGGACAGAACAGUAUGGACCUGUGUUCUCGCUCAAGCAAGGCCAUAGGAUUUUCGUAGUUAUAGGACGUUUUUGGAGUCUUUUCGUUGCACGAUUAUAAUAAUGAACUUGCACCCCUUGGUGUUACCACGCAUCAAGUAUCUCUCGAUACACCGCGAUAGUCUCCAAGUUGCGUUGCUGAUCAUGAGCCAUUUACAGACAGCCCCCAGACAAAAUGAAGUAUAGUACUCAAGUGCUAUCAUUUUACCAUUAAAUUAUUCCACCACCACCCA